AUGAUCACUUAGAUUGUUUAAAAUAAUUAAGAUAUUUAUAUAUAAUUUACUUUUUAAUAGUGUAUGAAAUCUUAGAAUUCUAAAAAACCUAAUCUUAAAAUCGCACUAAAUAAGAAAUAGGUAGCAUCAUCAAUAAAAUAAGAGAAACCACCAAGUUCCAAAUGUUCUUAGAAGACAACAUCUUCAAAUGGAAAUGUAAGAAAUAUAGUGUAUAUGAAUGAUUUAGACCACUGCUUCAUCCAAAUAAUUAUGUUUUAAAUUUCAUGACAUUUAAUCAACUUCUAAUCCAACUAUUAUUUCUGAAGGAGAGAAAAAAUGUAAAUAAAAUUAACAAAUAAUUACCAAGCUCUUGAUCAAAAUCAAACAUAAUAGAUUUAAUUGCUGAUUCAAGAAGUUUUACAAUUAUAAAAGGAAAGUAAAGACAUGGACACCAUUAUUUCAAAACUUAUUAUAAAUAAAAAAUCAGACAUUUCAGAUAGAGCAAAUACAUCAAUUACUGAGAGGAAUACUAAAAAAUUCUUAUCUAUGUAUUAUAUGUUACGUAAGAAUCUAGAAAAAAGUUGCAGCCAAACACUUGUGAUUAAAAAUAUAAUACUCCUCUCAAUUUCACAUUUUGUAAUGUUGAUGAAACACAAUAAGUAAGAGUCAUAUAGGCUUAAACUAUGACAAGAUCUUAAAAAGGACUUCCAGAUGUGUUUUAAGUUGUACCAAAUCAGAGACGGUUUUUCGUAUGA